AUGCGAAGCGGGGCCCUAUCGACUUUUCACCCCUUGCAAGAAUUACUUCAGCAAACAUUUUGGGAGCCGGGCUCCGAAUGGAUUUUUUUCACCCCUAACUCAAGCAGCUUGUGCGAAAUCUGCGCAGCGCGGGGAGGCGCCGCUUCAUCUAACUUCGGUGAAAGCCGUGCAAGAAGUCCACCCGUGGUGAAUGGAGAAGCUGCAGCUGCAUGGGAAGCGCUUGCGACCUUUCUCCAGAUCCAGAACUGCUUGCUGUGGAUUCGGCACCCCUCAAAAAUAUGGAAGUGUCACUUUCGGAAUUGCUUGAUUCUAACUCUUCACACGACGAGAUGGACAACAAGAAUGCCGCCGCGAGUGGUUUUUUGCAACAAGUAUCGAUCUCUGAGUGGUUUACUGAUAUUAUUCCUGAACGACCUGAUCGUGAUCAUUGCUACAGAAGUUGAGCAGGCUGUCCUCUUUAGCUGCGUCCUCCCGGUGCUACUAGCUCUACUGCGUGAAGGGGGUCGUGGCGGUGGCGGACGGUGUCCCAGAGCAGUGAUCUUCGUAUUAUGAUCUUCCAACGACGACAAGACAAGUGAAAAUCAUUCUGGUGACAGGAGGACUCUGCAAGCCAGGUUCGUCUCCCUGGAACAAAUGAACUACACAGAACGACCCCAAACCCUCGAAGAUUAUCCAGCCGUCCCAGUACAGACUUCUUCUGUAGAACAAGUUCUUGCAGAUCAUUCUGACGUAGGAGUUAAAGCCGGUCAAGAAGUGCAGACGCAGUUUGUCAAUCAGUCGCGUGCUGUGUCGGAGAAGAAGAAGAAGAGGACUUACUACAUUUUUCCUGAAGAUUUUUCACAAGAACAAUUCUUUUAUGUGACGAGGAUCCGGUCGAUGUGGGGAAUAAGACAGCUAGGCAACUACGAGCUGCGGAGCGUUGCUUUUUGUCUUUCCUCUCUACGCGACUACAGAUGCUCUGAUUUUUUCGAUUUUAUUCUACUGUUAGGUGUAGUUGUCUUCUUCAUCAGGAAGAACUACAAGUCAAGUUCUUUUUCUGGCUCAGCCGAAGGAUUGAUGGCACUAGCUACUGGCACUCUUGGAAUGGUGGACGAGAUGGAUCUUCUUCUACAACUUCUUGAAAGGUUGCUGGAUUUUUCCUGCAGCAGCAGAAGCCUGUCACCAAGCUCGAAUGAAGAU